AGUUCGGCGUAAGGGGGGACGGGCCGUCGAGUGUUUAUGCGCGUUAUGGCGGCGGACAGGCUGUGAUGAGCCACGGCGAAAAAAACACAGCCAGCGAUCCAGCCCUCGAUCAGUUUCCACAGCGGCGACACGGACGAACGUGAAAAUGCAGAUCACGCUGAAAACCCUCCAGCAGCAGACGUUCAAAAUCGACAUCGACGCGGAGGAGACGGUAAAAGCCUUAAAGGAAAAAAUAGAGAAUGAAAAGGGAAAAGAUGGCUUUCCGGUGGCGGGACAGAAGUUGAUAUACGCAGGCAAAAUUCUGAAUGAUGACACGGCGCUCAAGGAGUACAAGAUAGAUGAGAAGAACUUUGUGGUGGUUAUGGUAGCAAAGCCUAAAGCGGCUCCUGCAUCGACAUCUGCCCCAUCAUCUGCUGCCACAGCGACCAGCUCCAGCUCCGCCUCCUCCAGCACUACAGCGACCCCGACCCCGUCUGCUGCCCCGCCCGCAGAAACCCCGGCCAAAGACGACACGCCCGCCGAGGAGAAGCCUGCUGGCGGCGCUGCGCCCUCCUCCACACCCGUCAGUUCGGGUUCUUCGCCAAAUGCAAACAUAUUUGAAGAGGCAACGUCUGCGCUGGUGACGGGUCAGUCCUACGAGAACAUGGUGACGGAGAUCAUGUUGAUGGGAUACGAGAGAGACAAAGUGGUGGCGGCGCUGAGAGCUAGUUUCAACAAUCCUGACCGGGCCGUCGAGUACUUGCUCACGGGCAUUCCUGCGGAGGGCGAGGGCAGUGUGGGAGGUGCUGACCCUGUGGCUCCUGCAGGAGGCGUUCCUGUCGUGUCUACGGGUCUCACUUCACCGUCCAGUACCGCCCCAUCACAGCCCAGCACAGGAUCAGGGGCGAAUCCUCUGGAGUUCCUGAGGAACCAGCCACAGUUCCUGCAGAUGAGACAGAUCAUCCAGCAGAACCCGUCUCUCCUACCAGCUCUACUACAGCAGAUCGGCAGAGAGAACCCUCAGCUCCUGCAGCAAAUCAGCAGCCAUCAGGAGCAGUUUAUCCAGAUGCUUAACGAGCCUGUCCAGGAGGCGGGGCAAGGAGGAGGCGGCGGUGGGGGCGUGGCCGAGGCAGGAGGCAUGAACUACAUCCAGGUCACACCCCAGGAGAAAGAAGCUAUUGAGAGGCUAAAAGCCCUUGGAUUCCCAGAAGGACUCGUUAUACAGGCCUACUUUGCUUGUGAGAAGAAUGAAAAUUUGGCUGCAAACUUCCUUUUACAACAGAACUUUGAUGAUGAUUAGAGGAGGAGUGGCAUCCUGAUCAUUUUCGCCUCUUAUGUUUUUUGUUUUUCUUUUUGAAAGAUCAUUUUGGAGAAGAAAAUCUAUACAAAUACACUCAGUUUCUCACACACACACACACACACACACACACACACACACAGGCUGUCCUAUUCUGUCUAAAUUUUACACACUGGAUGACAUGAGCACGUCCAUCUGGAGAUGACAUCAUUUGUUGGUCUCCAGUGGCAGAAAUCAGUAAAAGCCUCUUUGCUUCAUCUAACAUUUGCCCGUGUGAUACCUGUUUGUUUUUCAUUUGAUCUUUUUUUAUGACCAAUAAAAGCAUUGUUUUCUCCAUUCUUAGGACAUGUUAGCAAGUUCAAGAGGCUUGUGGAAUUUGUUUUCCUUGAAUUAGGAAUCAAGAUUGAUCGGGACGUUUGGUUUAAUCACAUUAGCAUUGUCCCUGUUCAGGACAGUGUUUUUUCUUCUGUUUCUUAUCGCUCUUUCUUUCAUUCAUUCAUUCAAGUUGACCAUUAAUAGGGAUCCCAAAUACUUUACUGCCAUUUAAAACUGCAGCUAAUGACAAGUUAUGUUAGAUUGAUUCCUCUCUUUAUGAAAGUAUCAGUAAAGGAUAUCAGCUCUUGCUGUGGAUGUUUUGAGUAAUACUGACAAAUGCAGGCCUUUCAUAUACAUUAAGAACCAUUAAAAGCAUGUAUAUGACUUCCAUAGUUUGACAUAGUUUUGAAGUUAAUAUCACUAUACUGUCAUUUUUACAGGGAAAUAAACGUUUUCAACGUAAAUGCA